AACUGCUGCAAACUUGUUAUUUGCUUUGGCUUUUCAUUAACUUUCUGUCUCCUGGAGCUGUAAAGUCUGAUGCUGGAUCUACUUUACCUUCCCUGCUGCUGUAAAGCCGUAUGCACAAGCCAACGGAGUCUCCUCUGCUACAGGCCUGUGCUGGCUGCUGCUGAUUGGCAAUGUCAAGUCUCAGUCACCAGCAUGGUGUGGCAAAAGGGCUUUCUGCAGGAGCUCGGGAGGCUGAGAGGCAGCUGACUCGGGCAUCGGCGACAUGGCUAGAAGACAGCCAUCACCCAAGCCAAAACCACCUCCGUGGUGGUUGUGACCCUGCUUCAGCACCUCAUCUCAAGGCAGAGGAAAGAGGGAAGGAGACAGCCCAGGGACCAGAAGACGACCCCAGCUCUCUGGUGAUGGCAUGGAUCGGACACUUUUCCGGCAGCUGUUUUGCCUACCUCUCAGUCCUGUCGCCGCCCAGUAUCCCCGAAGUGCCAAGGCACAAGACUGAUGCAGAGCCGCUCUUAGCAACCCAGCCAUGGCCGGAGAUUCUAGGAUCUUCAUGAACCAGGACAUGGAUAUCGGAGUUACAUCCAGAGAGCCUAAGAAGAUUCCCAAACAGGCUCGGGACGAUGUCCCCAUUGCCACCGACCGAACCCGCCUCAUAUCAGCAGAAGGUAAGAAGCCACGUCAGCGUUAUAUGGAGAAAAGCGGCAAGUGCAAUGUGCACCAUGGAAACGUCCAAGAAACCUAUCGAUACCUUAGUGACCUCUUCACUACGCUGGUGGACCUCAAGUGGCGUUUUAAUCUUCUUGUCUUCACUAUGGUCUAUACCAUCACUUGGUUGUUUUUUGGGUUCAUCUGGUGGCUCAUUGCCUAUAUCCGGGGAGACCUGGACCAUCUUGAAGAUGAUAACUGGAUCCCCUGUGUUGAAAACCUCAGUGGAUUUGUUUCUGCAUUUCUGUUUUCUAUCGAGACUGAGACAACAAUUGGGUAUGGCUAUAGGGUCAUAACAGAGAAGUGCCCAGAGGGCAUCGUGCUGCUCCUGAUCCAGGCUAUUCUGGGCUCCAUUGUCAAUGCGUUCAUGGUGGGAUGCAUGUUUGUCAAGAUCAGCCAACCAAAGAAGAGGGCUGAAACCCUCAUGUUUUCUAACAACGCAGUGAUUUCCAUGAGGGAUGAGAAGCUCUGUCUCAUGUUCCGGGUUGGAGACCUCCGCAAUUCCCACAUUGUUGAGGCUUCCAUUAGAGCCAAACUGAUUAAGUCCAAACAGACCAAAGAAGGAGAGUUUAUCCCCUUGAACCAAACGGACAUCAACGUGGGAUUUGACACUGGAGACGACAGAUUGUUCCUGGUGUCACCUCUUAUCAUCUCACAUGAAAUCAAUGAGAAAAGCCCCUUCUGGGAGAUGUCCCGCACCCAACUGGAGAAGGAGGAGUUUGAAAUUGUGGUCAUCCUGGAAGGAAUGGUGGAAGCAACAGGGAUGACUUGCCAGGCUCGCAGCUCCUACAUGGACACCGAGGUGCUGUGGGGACAUCGCUUCACUCCUGUCCUCACCCUGGAGAAGGAUUUUUACGAAGUCGACUAUAACAGCUUCCAUAGCACUUACGAGACCAACACUCCUGUGUGCUGUGCCAAAGAGCUGGCCGAGUCUCGCCGGGAGGGCCAGCUCCUCAGCCACCUCUCCAGUGCCACCCUCCUGAGCGGAGGCAGAGAAGCAGAGACAGCAAAAGGGGAAGAAGAAGAAGAAGAAGAGGAAGAAGAAGGCAGGGAGCCAGCAGGAUUGAAUGGCGCCAAUGGGACAGCAGGAGAGGUGAAAGAAGAUAUGCCUGUAUAACACAUGAACUGCUGGACGGUAGAUACCCACACACGCUUACUGGGAGACUGUGUCCUGGCGAGUCAGGGAUUGAC